AUGUGUACAGGAAGCGGAGACGAAGCAAGACGCAAGGCAGACGCCUUUGGGCCACCAAGGCCGGCGAUUGCUGAGCUGUUCGUUGACUCCCAUUGCCACCCCACCGACGAUCCGGCAGCCUACACAUCGUCCAAUCUUGACGAGCUUUCGACUCGCAUAGGGAACGUCACUGUUGGGCGGCUUGUAUGCAUGUCAACUAAUGCUCGUGACCAAACCAUGGUUGCGAAGCUGGCCUCGCUCCAUCCAGACAAAGUUGUUCCCUGCUUCGGAUGGCAUCCGUGGUUCGCGCAUCAGAUCUCUCUGCGCCAUCCAGCUCCAAGCAAGGCAGAACAUUAUCACGACCUCUUCAAUGUUUUAACGGCCAGCUCAAUGGACAAUGACCGAGUAAAAGAGGGGCUGGAGGCCAUUUGGGAUCAGUUACCGGAUCCAAUAUCGAUAGAAAGCGUCUGUCAAGACAUUCGCGAGCAGUUCGAGCGAUUCCCAGGUGCGCUGUUGGGCGAAGUUGGCAUCGAUCGAGCCUUUCGCAUCCCACGACGAGCAUGGAACUAUGAUCCUCAAAAGCCGGAUCUGCCAGCUUCCGAGCCAAAGCUCACUAAGCUGAAGACACCACAGGCACACCAGCUCGCGGUCUUACGGGCGCAGAUCGAUGUGGCUUUGCAGUAUCGGCGCAACAUUUCGCUUCAUUCAGUUCAAGCAGCAGGUCUGACGGUCGACCUGCUCUCGUCUCUCAGGAACGCCGAACCGACCUCUUUUGGUGCGAUACGGGUGUCUUUGCACUCUUGCACGCUUGACAACAAUGUGGUCAAGUCGAUAACGAAGAAGCAUCCGAACGUUUACAUUGGCUUUUCGUCUACCAUCAACCGGAAACAAUUUUUGGCGAAGGAGUGCUUGGCCGCGGCGGACCGCAGUCGAGCAUUGAUGGAAAGCGACUUUCACACGGUCAAAGGCAUCCCUGGAUAUCUGCAUCAGGCGAACGAGUACUUUGCUCAGCUGCAUGGUCUUUCCCUCGAAGAUGCUGCAAAGCAAUUGCGAUCGAAUUGGGAAACUUUUCACUCGAUACAGUGUCCAGAAGGUUCUGGGUCGGAAGAUACGGACUCAGAAGAAGCUGCAUAUUGA